AUGUCUUCAGCUACAACUGAUUAUAUCAGCGAAACCUCAAAUGUAACAUCUGAUGCUAUUGCGAUAGUACAAACCUUCACAAGCCAAUCAGCUGUAGUAGCCGAUGCAAUAUCACCAUUCAUACCAUUGGUGGCUGAAGUAGCAAACUUAGUUAACGAAAUCAUUCAAAUAUAUCAAACAGCUGAACAUAACAAGCGAAUCUGUGGCUCAUUGUUGUCGCGUGCCACCGCAGCUGAGACCUCCGUAAACCUUUUGAAAAUAAGACGUUCAGAAUAUGAAGAAUCCUUCAAAUCAAAGGAAUUUUACAUUAAUCUUCAGAAAUUGGUGACUGUCAUUGAGAAAAUUAAAAAUUUUAUUAAAGAAGUAUCGCAGAUUAAAGGAUUGCGAAGAUUUAUGUCUGCAAGAUCAAUUGAAGGUGAAUUUCAAGAUUUAAUCGAAGAAUUUGAUGGGUUGAUGAGAGUCUUGAAUUUCACCAUGGCCGUAAAAAAUCAGAUCCAGGCGGAGGAAGACAAGAAAGUCCUUGAUCACGAUAUCAAGGAAAUGAAGAAGUAUCUUAAGAAGAUUAAAGGUGGUAUUGUUAACAGUAUGUCAGAAAUCAACGCUUCGUUAGAUGACAUUGCACAACUAAAUAUUGCUUGGCAAAAGAAAUUAUUUAACGAUGACGGAAACGUGCUGGAAUCUGUAACCAUAAAUAUGGGUGAAUUUCAGGAUCCUCCAGAACAAAUAAGACGAGGAAACAAGGUGCAUAAAAAAAUACGAAUGGGCGAAGAGGUUGCGAUUAAAGAAAUAAUUCUGAUUAAUAAUGAUAAGAGAUUGAUAAACGAUAUAAUUAGUCAAGUAGUAAUAUUAAAGAAGCUUAAAGAGUCACAAUACAUUCUUCAAUUCUACGGUAUCACUAAGGAUGCCAAUGCAAUUUAUAUGGUUUCCGAAUGGUGUGAAUAUGGGAAUCUACGAGAAUUCUAUAAUGAGUAUGGUCCACUUGAAUGGCGUACAAAAUCUCAACUAGCAGUUGAUAUUUCGCGUGGAUUGACCUUUCUUCAUGCGGUUUCUAUAUUACAUCACGAUAUUCGUCCAGAAAAUAUCCUUGUAUCAAUUCACCACCAGGCGAAAAUUGCAAAUUUUACUUUGAGCCGUGGGUUCGCGGAUCCAACUAGAGAUAUAUCACCAACUAUAGGAACAAUCAAGUGGAUGGCCCCCGAAAAACUGAGGGAUCAUCGUAAUCCGUAUACAAUCAAAUGCGAGAUUUAUAGUUUUGGGAUAUUAUUAUGGGAAAUCGCUGAGGAAAAACCACCAUUUCAAGAAGAACGUGAUUUAUUAGAGAUUCGAAAAAAGGUGCUGGAAUUAAAGAUCCGACCAUCUUUCAGUACCGAUGUUCCUCAAGAAUGGUCAAAAACCUCAUAUCAAGCAAUGCAAGAUAACCCAAAUGCGCGUCCAGCACUCAAGGAUAUAUUUAUGGCAUUACAUAGUUUCUGCCAAAAAUACCAAUCACGAUCUCCAAGACCUCAUCCACCUGGUCGUAUGCCCACAGAAGAGGAAUUACCGGAUGUUGACGAGGACUUGGCUUUAGAUGAUUUAUCAUUGAAUGUGAUGAGUUUGAAGGAAGCUAUUACAGAACAUAGGAAGAAGGACAGUGAUAAAUUAAAGGUCUGGGAGGCUUUUAAAGUACACGCCGAAGAAUUUGGUGAUAUCACCGCGAGAUACUGGAUGGGUUAUUAUUUGUACUAUGGUUUAUGCCCGGUCGAGAAUCCUGGGGACAAAGAAGCCAAAAAACAAAGGUUGAAACAGGCUGCAUCGCUUUUUAAAGAGGCCGCGGAUAAAGGAAUUGUAGAAGCUCAAUUGCGUUAUGGUCAUUGUCUGUGGUCAGGCGAAGGCGUCCAGCGUAAUUACAAGGAGGCUAUUGAAUAUUUCGCUCAAUCAGCUGACAAUGGAAAUUCCACCGCAAUGUAUAACAUAGGAAACGUAUAUUAUAACGGGCUGGCAGUACCAAAGGAUGAAAAGAAAGGAGUCAGGUAUUUGAGGUUAGCUGCCCUACAGGGGCAAACCAAGGCUUUAGAUAUGUGCAAGAAAAAUGGAAUUCAUUUGGCUUAG